GCUGCCGCCGGCGUCGCGGGGCUCCAGGCUGCGGGGCGGACGUAGCGCCGAGCGAUCCACCGCGGAGCCGCGCGAGGCCGCCGGAGCCCCGGCCCCGGCCCCGGCCCCGGUCCCAGCCCCGAGCCCCGAGCGAGCACCGCCGCCUCGCGCCGCGGGUACCCGGAGGCGCCGCCACCGCCGGGAAGGCAGCCGGCGCCGGGCAAGUUGCGAGCGCGCCCCUCCGACCAGGAAAGUUUCCCCCCGGCCGCCGGCGGGAGUUGGCGCGGGGUCCGGCCGCCGCCGCUGGAAGAGUGUAUCCAGAAGCUACUGUCAGGAGGACACUGUAAGAGAACCUUGGCACCUCUGGGCCCAAAGGGAAAGACACCAGUGGAAAGAGGUGAGCAUCUCCUGGACAGCCUCAAGCUUCAGGUGAGCUGAGCUUCUGACGCUACCAUCAAAGCAACUGGAACCCCUUGAAUUUGAUUUCUGGAGACGCGAGCAUAAUCCUUUUGCAGACGUCUCAACGCUGGCUCUCCAGGUGGAGCACCAUGGAAGGCGACUGUCUGAGCUGCAUGAAGUAUCUGAUGUUUGUAUUCAAUUUCUUCAUAUUUCUGGGCGGGGCCUGCCUGCUGGCCAUCGGCAUCUGGGUCAUGGUGGACCCCACCGGCUUCCGGGAGAUCGUGGCUGCCAAUCCUCUGCUCCUCACAGGCACCUACAUCCUCCUGGCCAUGGGGGGUCUGCUCUUUCUGCUCGGCUUCCUGGGCUGCUGCGGGGCCGUCCGUGAGAACAAGUGUCUGCUGCUAUUUUUCUUCCUGUUCAUCCUGAUCAUCUUCCUGGCAGAGCUCUCAGCAGCCAUCCUGGCCUUCAUCUUCAGGGAAAAUCUCACCCGAGAAUUCUUUACCAAGGAGCUCACCAAGCACUACCAGGGCAAUAACGACACGGACGUCUUCUCCGCCACCUGGAACUCAGUCAUGAUCACAUUUGGUUGCUGCGGUGUCAAUGGGCCUGAAGACUUCAAGUUUGCAUCUGUGUUUCGACUCCUGACCCUGGAUAGUGAAGAGGUGCCGGAGGCCUGCUGCCGGAGGGAACCCCAAAGUCGGGACGGGGUCCUGCUGAGCCGGGAGGAGUGCCUCCUGGGAAGGAGCCUGUUCCUAAACAAGCAGGGCUGUUACACGGUGAUCCUCAACACCUUCGAAACCUACGUCUACUUGGCCGGAGCCCUUGCCAUCGGGGUACUGGCCAUCGAGCUUUUCGCCAUGAUUUUUGCCAUGUGCCUCUUCCGGGGCAUACAGUAGAGGGUGUGGCCUGAAGCCUGAAGACUCGCCCCACCCACCACUGCCCAGCACCCAAUGUCCUCCCCUGCCCCUCCCCGCUGUCCUCUUGGCCCCAGGGGAGAAGAUGAGGCCAUCAGAGAUGGCCAGGAGAAGGGCCAGGGGAAUAGAGCUAUUUUUUUAACAAAAUGAAGACAAAAGUAUGGACUGAUGUAUCCUCGCCUGGACUCAGGGCAGGUGCCGUGGGCUCUCCAGAGACCCCAGCGCCUGGCCCAGGAUGCAGGCUGCUCUAGAGACCAAAGGAACACCAGGCCCAGCACCCUCCUUGGUCCAGCCAGACCCUGGGCCCUCUCUCCUCACUGCACCAGGACCUGAUGCCAAGAAAGUGAGGAUUUAGGCAACAAGGAGGCAAAAGCAAAUCUCAGAGAAGUCAUCAAAGCCCAGGGGCCGCACGGAGAUUCAGCUGCCGCGUCUUGGAGGACUCAGAACCCACAGCGCAAUCCCUGGUCCACUGGAGGGUGGACUGUUCCCCCUUCAGGCCGGGGCCAAGAGUGAGCUGCUAACACGGCAUCCAAGAAUGGCCCAGCUGGUAGGAUCCUUGCUUUCACCAUCUGUUGGACCAAAUAAUCUCAAAGGCCCAGAGAGGACAGUGACCCAUCCACAGACACACAGCACAGGCGUGACAGUUCUGAAAAGAAGCUGAGUUGUCUCCAGGCUGCUGUCACUGCAUCCAGGACUCUGUCAGCUCUGCUACCCACAUGCACCCCUGGCCUCAGCAUCCCGGUUCCCCCAGACAAGAGAGGGCAAGCCAGCCAGGAACUGCCUCCUCCCUGCUCUACAGCUAAGAAAACACCAUUCCAUGACUUCCCACUGCACCCUCCCUCCUGCCUCCCCACACCUCUCUGAGUCCCCAGGAACACACAGGGGCGCACAUCACGUUCCCUUGUGCACACUGCCCGCCUCUCCCCACAUGCCACCCCCUUCCCUGUCCUUCCCCAACUCCCCAGCUCCAAGAGUGGAAGAAAUCCCCAAGAUCAUCUGGGUCUCCCUCUCCGCACCCAGAACUGAGGCUUGGAUCUUCUUCAAGAUCCUUGCCAAGACUUCUCCACCCUCUUCUUACAUACCUCCAGGGACAGAGAGCUUACUACCUCCCAAGGCAGCCUCCUGCCUUUGGACUGCUCUGACUUUAGCAUCAGCUUAAUAUACAGAAGAGGUUUCUGUUUUUCUGUGGCUCCGUCCACGGCAUCCCACUUGCCUGCUCUCCUUCCUGGAGCAUUAAGGUCACACAUUGACUCCCCUGAGCCCUCUUCUCUCCAGGCUAAAGAAUCCCGAAGGCAUCGAGGCCAUUUCUGCUGCAACAAGGUUUCCUGUCUCUUCACUGUCCGCACAUUUCUUAGUAUUCCCUCCAGGCUUGGGCAGGGAGACUCACAGAUGCACACCCACAAGUAUUCAGUUCUCAAACUCUAGACGAGUGUUGGCAACUGGAUUGCAAGAUGCUCCUACCCUGAUAGAUCAGGGGUGGCUGCUGGAGGCUGUGCUGGGGAUCUAGGGUUUGGUCUGGGCUCAGUGAGAGGUGGCGGUGCAAUCCUGAUGAGUUAGUGAUGUCUACCAGGCACCGUAAGUUUGAUUAGUGAUGUCUGCCACAGGCAGGGAUGGAAGGAGCAGGGUGAUGUCUGCUCUCUUCUCUCCCCUCUGUCCCUCUUCAGGAAGAGCUCAUUCUGUCUCACAAGCCACCGGCACCCUGUAUCAGCUUCCAGCCUCCCCUCAGGCUUUCCAGUCACCAGGGACACUCAGAGCCACAGCCUAGAGCCCAGUGUUCCCCGGCCUGUGCAUCCGCCCCCUUCUGAGAUGCAGCCAGAAGCUCUGUGCUUGCUGCAAAGAUUCAGGUGGCCCCUCCUCUAAUCUCCUCCUGCUGUGCCCGCCAGUCCUGGCCCUCCCACCAGGUCUCUGAGCUCAGUCUUACCAAAUUCUCCCUUUAACAGCUUGCUCUGGCAACCCCAUAAAUGACACCUGAGCUCCGUAGAAGCUAAGCUCCUGAGACCCAGGUGGACCUGCCACUGGUACCGCAGCCCAGCCUGGGGCCUGGGGGCUGCCCCUCUUGAACCACCCACACGCUUAGCCCCAGCUUUUUGGAAGCAGCAAAUGGCUGGUCUGAGGAUGACACACAAAAACAAAAAACCCACGCUGGGCAGGACUGAGGCAAAUUGCACAGCUUUAUGGCUCUAAUCCAGGGGCAUCCCAGGCUUCUGGGGCCCAUACAAGUCAGAGGGAGGACCCAGGAGAAAGGGCUGGUCACGAAGGGAAAUCUGGCUAAGGUGGGUUCAAGGGCGGAUACAAGACUGCCCCUCAGCAGCUUUCUACAAAUGUGCCAAGGAACCCUCAGUCAGCCCUGAUUCAGCCCCCCAGCCAGCCACUGGCCACCCUCUUAGGCUGGAAAGGGAAGACAGGCAGUUUCUGCUCCUGUUGGCAUUCGCCCAGGCUGGUAGCUAUUUGCAAGACUGCCUGAGGCCAUUCCUUGGAGGCAAGGCAAAGAAAGCUCAGCCCAAAUCAGGCUUGAGCCUCCCUCCAGAGCACAGGGAGAAACAGGGUUUAGCUGGCUUGGUCCAGAUACAACCCACAGCAGGUUCUGGUGGUGGCUGGGGGUUGGGGAGGAGGGGUGGGCAGGGAUACCUCUUUGUUUCUUUUCACCCCGAAAUACAACAGCCCGUAACAGAGACUUCCUCAGACCCCACUAACAGGGCAAGGAACAAGAAGACUACACCGCUCAUCACAAACCCCGCCUGUAUUGAAAGCCACUUUCCUGCUCUGAAGCUACUGCCUCUUAAAGGGAAUAUCUUUUUAUGGGCUGGGGGUGAGGGCCCCUCCCCAGGGUCCCUGUUAAUUUCUAGCCUUGGUGCUCAGGCCUGUCCGCAGCCUCCCUUGUCUAUGUCUCUAUCCAUGCUUAAGGGGCCCAGACAGGAUUUCCCAAACCAGCCGAGGCCCCCUCCUCCUUCCCCCAUGAAAGUCUAUUUUAAAAACUGUCUAUGUUCCUUGCCGUAGAUUGCAGAGCUAAUUUAUCACAUUUCUCUCCGGUGAGACCCCCUUUUAUAUGAUAUAUCCAGAGGAAGUUUUGUAAUAUAAAACAGGACGCCC